AUGGGACGGGCCAAAAGGUUCGGGUGCAUUGUGCACCCUUGGCGGACCGAUCCCCGGCUGCAGAAGCUGGCUCUAGGGACGUGGAAUGUCACCUCUCUGGUGGGAAAGGAGCCUGAGUUGGUGUGGGAGGCGGAGAGAUUCCGGCUGGACGUAGUCGGUCUCGCCUCGACACACAGCUCUGGCUCUGGAACCAGCCUUCUCGAGACGGGUUGGACGCUCUGCUACUCUGGAGUUGCCGAGCAGGAGUGGGCAUACUCAUUGCCCCCCAUCUCGGUGCCUGGUGCCCCCUCUGGGGACUCCGUUGUUUUGCUGGGGGACUUCAACGCUCACGUGGGCAAUGAUAGUGAGACCUGGAGGGGCGUGGUUGGGAGGAAUGGCCCCCCCAGCUUGAACCCGAGUGGUCUGAUCUGCGGUCGCAUGUUUUGGAUACUAGGGUCAAGAGGGGGGCGGAGCUUUCCACUGACCACGGAGUCCCCUGUUAGGCGGAGCUUUAACUCCCACCUCCGGGAGAGCUUCGAACACGUUCCGGGGGAGGUGGGGGACAUUGAGUCCGAGUGGGCCAUGUUCCGCGCCUCUAUUAAUGACGCGGCCUCCCGGAGCUGCGGUCGCAGGGCUGUCGAUGCCUGUCGUGGCAACCCUCGAACCCGCCGGUGGACACCGGCGGCAGCCGAUGGGUAUCGGCAGUCCAAGCGACAUGCGGCUCGGGUGGUCGCCGAGGCAAAAACCCAGGCGUGGGAGGAGUUUGGGGAGGCCAUGGAAAAAGACUUCCGUAUGGCCUCGAGUGCGGACGGUGUGCUGCCGACCUCAACUCGUGACGUUGUGGAUCGGUGGGCGGAGUACUUCGACGACUUCCUCAAUCCCACUGGUGCGUCCUCCAUUGGAGGGGCAGAGCCUGGGGAUCCGGAGUUGGGCUCUCUAAUCUCCGGGGCUGAGGUCACCGAGGUAGUCAAAAAGCUCCGCGGUGGCAGGGCUCAGGGGGUGGAUGAGAUUCAGCCGGAGUUCCUCAAGGCUUUGGAUGCUGUGAGGCUGCGUUGGCUAACGCGACUCUGCAACAUCACCCUCCCUGGGAAGGUCUAUUCAGCGGUUCUGGAGUGGAGGGUCCAUCGGAUAGUCGAGUCUCGGAUUGAGGAGGAACAGUGUGGUUUUCGUCCUGGCCGUGGAACGCUGGACCUGCUCUAUACCCUCAGCGGGGUCCAGGAGGGUGCAUGGGAGUUUGCUCAACCAGUCCACAUGUGUUUUGUGGACUUGGAGAAGGUGUUCGACCGUGUCCCUCGGGGUAUCCUCUGGGGGGUGCUCCGGGGGUAUGGGGUACCUGGCCCUUUGUUACGGGCUGUUCGGUCCCUGUACGACCAGAAUGAUGUGUUCCCGUUGGCUUCAUCAGGUCGGGACCUACAGCUCUCGCUGGAGCGGUUCGCAACCGAGUGCGAAGCGGCUGGGAUGAGGAUCAAUGCCUCCAAGUCUGAGACCAUGGUCUCUCACUGGAAAAAGGUAAAGUGCCUUCUCCGGGUCGGAGUGGACGUCUUUCCCCAAGUGGAGGAGUUCAAGUAUCUCGGGGUCUUGUUCGCGAAUGGGGGUAGGGAGCGUGAGAUCGAUAGGCGGAUCUGCAGUAAUGCGGGCGCUGUACCGGUCUGUCGGGAUGAAGAGAGAGCCUUAGCCUAA